CUCUCCAGGCGAGACUCGGGACCGCUCUCCGGGAGAGGCCGCGCGUCUGGAGCUGGAGGACGGAGGUCGGAGUUGCCGAGUGGCCUCUGGGAGCAAGGGCGUUCUCCCGCGCCGCCGAGCUGGAGCUGGAAGGGGCGUUGCGUGAGGCCGAGGCCGGGGCCGGGGCCUCUGUGUUCCGGCACCGGCUCCUCCAGAAGCAGGAGCCCGAGGCGGUGGCGGUCUCGGGGCUACGAGGCCGAGCCCGGAGCCUGCGGCGCUGGUUCACCACGCUGAUCCUGUAUCUGGCCUUCCUGGGGCUGGACUCCUUUUGUACUAAAGAUGACUAUUUUAACAGUAUUGAAAAGGGAACAACUGUUGCUGUACUAGGACCUACGUUUCAAGAUCUGGCCAAUAAUGUGAACCACAAUAUCAGCAGUCUUUCUGAAAUAUUUGUGGGUCGUGCUGUUGGAUAUCUGUGUGGUUCUGUGAUUGGAGGAGUUCUUCUGGACUGUAUGAAUCAGUUUUUGUUUUUGGGACUAUCCAUGCUGGCAAGCACAGUUGGUCUUUAUCUUACUCCAUUCUGCAAGCAAGCAGUACUGCUGAUUGUCAUGAUGUCUGUCUUUGGCCUUUCGUUUGGUGCUCUGGAUACAGGUGGGAAUGUCCUCAUCUUGGCUCUUUGGGGGGACAAGAGCCCCCCAUACAUGCAGGCCUUACACUUCAGUUUUGCCCUGGGUGCCUUCCUGGCUCCCCUGCUGGCUAAACUGGCCCUGGGCCCCACAGUGUCUGCUGACAACCACACAGAGCCCAACUUUCUCCCUCCAGCCCUGAACCGGUCAUCUGAAGCUGCCUCAGUCUCCCUACUCGGAGCGCCCCAUGACAUGAACUUACUGUGGGCUUAUGCUUCCAUCGGCACCUAUAUUCUCAUAGUUUCUCUGUUUUUCUUUGUUCUGUUCUUCAUGAAGAGCUCAAGGCAGAGAAAAUCAACAGCAGCAUCUGCUCAGGAAUCUCGAAGAGCUAAAUACCACAAGGCCCUUCUCUGUCUCCUUUUUAUAUUCUUCUUCUUCUAUGUUGGAGCUGAGAUAACAUUCGGCUCUUACAUUUUCUCCUUUGCCACCACCCACGUUGGCAUGGAUGAAAGAGAAGCAGCUGGCUUGAACUCCAUCUUCUGGGGGACCUUCGCAGCCUGCCGGGGUCUGGCAAUCUUCUUUGCAGCAUGUUUGCGACCUGCCACCAUGAUUGUGCUGAGCAACCUUGGCAGCCUGACCUCCUGUUUGUUUCUGGUGCUUUUUGACAAGAGCCCCCUUUGUCUGUGGAUAGCAACCUCCGUGUAUGGGGCCUCUAUGGCCACCACUUUUCCCAGUGGUGUUUCUUGGAUUGAACAGUACAGCACCAUCAGUGGCAAGUCUGCUGCAUUUUUUGUGAUUGGCGGUACUCUGGGAGAAAUGGCAAUUCCUGCAGUAAUUGGAAUUCUUCAAGGGGAGUAUCCAGAUUUACCAGUAGUUCUGUACAUCUGUUUGGGGUCAGCGAUCUGCACUGCUGUUUUAUUUCCUGUGAUGUAUAAACUAGCUACCUUGCCUUUGAAUCACCAGAGAAAAAGAAACAGGAAGAACAAAGACCAGAAAGCUUUGGCAUUUAAUUUUGGGUUAUAAAGGAACAAGAUGAGGGCUCAGGCCUCCAGGAAAGAGUAGCUAUAGUCCUAGAUACUCAGAAGAUUGAGAUCUAGGAUCACAGUUCAAAGCUAGACUUGGCAGAAAAGUCCAGAGUCUACCAUGAACCACCACUGUGUACAAACAAUAGGAUCUUGUCAUGAGACUCCUUGGCCCAUGGCUGGUUUUGUAAUCUUGAAUGGUCUCCACCUUUGAGAACAGGAAGGCAUUUGCGAUUGAGAAUUGGUGGUGCUAGAGGGGAAUGGAGAGGAUUUUCUAAGUAAAUGAUCCUUGUUCUGAGAAUUAGGGAGAACUGUUUCUUCAUGAAAGAGCAUACUAGAAGGAACUUUUUUUUUUUUAACUCAACACAGAGUUAGACUAAAGAAUACUAAGGGCUCAUUAAAAUUUUUCUAUAAAAACACUUCACAGGACCUACAAGACCUGCCUGAAGAUGUGGCUGUGCCAUCUAGGGCUAUACUAAGCACUUUACUUUACAGUAACUUACCUAAUUUCCUGAUCUGUAAUCCUAGAAAUCAAAAUGAGAUGAUUUACAAGCAGAAAAGUUUGAAGUUUGUGUAAGAUUUCUGCUGUAGCAUCCUCUUUAUUUCAAAUGGAAAUCUAACUAACAUGAUAAAUGUCUUUAAGAUUAUGGUACUGAUAGUGAAUGCAUAUCAAAUGAAUAUGUUUAAUGUUUAGUUCAUUCUUGUUAAUAAUUGACUGAAAAAUA